CAAUCUCUCUCUUGUUUUGUUGGCAUACAUAUGAUUGCUGCACAACACCUACCCCUCAACCCCACUCCCUUCAAAAGUCAACAUACCAGCAGAACACUGAAUUUGUUGAAGCAAAAGUAGGCUUUCAAUAUUUUAAAAACAGCAGUAAAGAAAUUAAUAGUAUUGAUUAAUGGGGGUUGGCUGCUGCUCUCAUCAGCAUGCUUCUUUUAUCUACCAGCUACAGCACCUCCAUUGGCGACCAAGUCAGCGUUUUGCCAAUGUCUUUCUUUUUCGGUUCCUUGUCUUUACCAACACCCAUUUUCCUCGUUAUUUCUCUACUUACAACACAAUCGCUGGGAAAAGGGGCUGAAAUUAUAGCCUUUUAAUUUCUGGAUGUGAGAGCUGUUUGACAAUCUUGGGAUAUUUGGGAUGUCUGGUUCUAAGAUUUCCCUUAUUGGGAUCAGUUUGAUUCUAUGGGUUUGCUGGUCUUUGCUGUUUACAGGGGCAGAUAGCCAAGUUACUCAUCCAGAUGAAGUAAAAGCAUUACGUGCCAUCAAGAAAAGUUUGGUUGAUCCAAAUGGGAAUCUCAGUAACUGGAGGAGAGGAGAUCCAUGUAGGUCAAAUUGGACUGGAAUUUUGUGCUACAAUGAAACAAACAGUGACGGUUACCUUCAUGUUCGAGAACUGCAAUUAAUGGAUAUGAAUCUGUCAGGAAAAUUGUCAUCGGAGCUUGGUCGCUUAUCUUACAUGAAAAUAUUGGAUGUAAUGUGGAAUGCAAUUACUGGGACAAUCCCAAAUGAGAUAGGAAAUAUCAAAACACUUGAAUUGUUGCUUCUCAAUGGAAAUCAAUUGACAGGUUCUUUGCCUGAAGAGCUUGGUUAUCUUCCCAACUUGAACAGGAUACAAAUUGAUCAAAAUCAUAUAUCAGGGCCCUUACCUGUAUCAUUUGCAAAUUUGAAGAAAACAGAACAUUUCCACAUGAAUAACAAUUCGAUAAGUGGACAAAUUCCACCUGAGCUAUCUAAACUUCCAAAGCUACUUCACUUGCUGCUUGAUAAUAACAACUUAUCGGGUUACCUUCCGCCAGAGCUUGCUCAAAUUCCAAAUUUGCACAUACUUCAGCUUGAUAAUAACAACUUUGAAGGAAGUCAGAUACCUGGUUCAUAUGGGAAUAUGUCACGUUUGUUGAAACUGAGUCUAAGGAACUGUAGCUUACAGGGACCACUUCCAAAUCUGGGCAACAUACCGAACCUUACUUACAUAGAUCUCAGCUUUAACCAGUUAAGUGGGCCCAUUCCAUCAGAAAAGCUUAGUGACAAUAUUACAACAAUUGAUCUGUCAUACAACAACCUCAACGGAACUAUUCCUUCAAACUUUUCAGGUCUUCCCCAUUUGCAGAAAGUGUCACUAGCAAACAAUUCAUUAAGCGGUUCUGUUCCAUCAAUAAUUUGGCAAAAUAGGACAUUCAAUGCAACAGAGACACUUAUCUUGGAUUUGCGGAGCAAUAAGCUUUUGAAUAUCUCAGGAACUUUGGUUGUCCCACAAAAUGUCACUGUUAGUCUUCAAGGAAAUCCGUUGUGUUCAAAUUCUGCCCUAGUCGACUUUUGCGGACCUUACAAUGGGGAUGCCGAUGGUACCUUGCAAUUGGCAAACAACACUGAUUGUCCUCCUUUGGCGUGUCCUCCUCCCUAUGAAUAUGCCCUGCCAUUUCCUACUUGCUUUUGUGCUCUACCUCUGCUUGUAGGAUACAGGCUGAAGAGUCCUGGGUUUCAUGAUUUUCGACCAUACAUGCAUAGGUUUGAGUGGUAUAUCACGUCUGGUCUUAAGCUGAAUCAAUCUCAAUUACGCCUUAAUACAUUUGCACUGGAAGCUGGUCCCCGUGUGAGGAUGUACUUGAGGAUUUUCCCCAUCUUUGUUGAUAACAGCAGCUCUCAUUUGUUCAAUAAAAGUGAGGUCCUAAGACUCCGGAGCAUGUUCACUGGGUGGCUGAUUCCUGAUAAUGAUUUUUUUGGACCUUAUGAACUUCUCAAUUUCACCCUACUUGCAGAUUAUAGAGAAUUCAUCCCCCCUCCUUCAUCAUCUAGUAUUAGCAAGGGAGCUCUUGCAGGAAUCAUAUUAGGGGUAAUUGCUGGUGCAGUCACAAUAUCGGCAUUUGUAUCACUCGUCAUAUUGAGAUUGCAUAUGAAGAAGCACCACCGUGCCGGUUCAAAAAGGAACCUAUUGUCAAAAAUCUCUGUCAAAAUUGAUGGUGUUAAGGAGUUCAAUUUUGAAGAAUUGACAGUGGCGACCAAAAAUUUUAACAACUCCAGCCUUGUUGGACAAGGAGGGUAUGGAAAAGUUUAUAAAGGUACUUUAACUGGUGGGACAGUUGUAGCCAUUAAACGAGCUCUAGAGGGAUCGUUACAGGGCCAAAAGGAGUUUCUUACAGAAAUUGAACUACUAUCUAGGCUACAUCACAGAAACCUUGUCUCUUUGCUUGGAUACUGUGGUGAAGAAGGUGAACAGAUGCUGGUAUACGAAUUUAUGCCUAAUGGUACUCUGAGAGAUCACAUAUCUGGUAAAUGUAAAGAACCUCUAAGUUUCGCUAUGCGAUUGAGAGUUGCCCUGGGUUCAGCUAAGGGCAUACUCUACUUGCACACAGAGGCUGAUCCUCCCAUAUUCCAUCGAGAUAUCAAGGCAAGCAAUAUAUUGCUAGACUCUAAAUUUAUCGCCAAGGUGGCUGACUUUGGACUUUCACGGCUCGCUCCAGUUCCAGAUCUUGAAGGGACUCUGCCUGCUCAUGUAUCAACAGUUGUUAAGGGCACUCCGGGAUACCUUGACCCAGAGUAUUUCCUAACUCAUAAGUUGACAGACAAGAGUGAUGUUUACAGCCUUGGUGUUGUAUUCCUUGAGCUGCUCACUGGAAUGCAGCCAAUUUCACAUGGCAAGAACAUUGUUCGGGAGGUCAACCUUGCACAUCGUUCUGGUAUGAUAUUCAGUGUUAUUGAUGAUCGGAUGGGAUCUUAUCCUUCGGAAUGUGUGGAAAAGUUCAUUAAUCUGGCCCUCAAAUGCUGCCAAGAAGAGACAGAAGCUCGGCCAUCAAUGGCAGAAGUGGUUCGAGAACUGGAAAACAUACGGCUUAUGAUGCCCGAAUCUGACUCUAUAAUUAGAGAUUCCCUGGUCACUGAUAGUGAAAAGGAUAGCAGCACUCCAUCCUCAACCUCAGCUAUGAAAUAUCCUUAUGUUUCAGCUGAUGUGUCCGGUAGUGACCUUGUCAGUGGAGUUGUUCCUUCCAUUCAUCCUAGGUGAUAGAUAUUUCAGCCUCUUGCUCCCAUGUACAGUCCAUUAUAAAUAUUACAUACCAUAUGGUAGUAUUUUUCUAACCCUUAGCCAAUGCUUGUAACAUUAUAGGCGAAAUACAUAAAAUACCACCUGACCUUGUCUUCAAAUCCUUGUUACACACCUGUUGAUUACGAGAAUAGUUUUACACACUCAACCUUUAAAAAAUGUAUCUAUGACACACUAUUUAACUACGUAGCAAGCGCGUAUUUUUCACAGAAAUGAGGCACGUGAACUGUAUAUUUUUUGUAUCUAAAGCCUCUGCUUCUUUUUGUUAGUAUUUACUUUUUAAGA